AUGACCGUUAUAUGUAUUACAACAAGACGAACUAAAAAAGUGUUGCAGACAUUGAAACCGCAAAUAAAUCAGCAGCGCGUGUUCAGCGAAGAUGGCAUCAAAUACACAGAAAUUGUUAGAAGUACACCAUUGGGUGGUGUACAAGUAGCACAUGUUCCAGGCGACAAUACGCCAUCGCUUUUGGGAACAUCGGAUUUGUUCAAAGGAUUGAGAGGACAUCAGAAUGAUUAUGAAGCUAAUGACGAUGUUUAUCGUCGACCUUGGGAUGAGCAUCCACCGGCUGGAUUGUUGAACAGCGUCGGAAAUCUCGUUGACAAUGUAUUUGUGUUUCUCUUCGGACCUCCAGAACCCGAAUACAUGUCUCGAAAAGCAAAACUUUAA